CCCAGCAUAGAGGGGGCGCCGAAGAAGUUGCCCGUGCCGCCCACCUCUCCAGGUCGAUAAAUAGCACAGGCGGUAGAACUCACUUCCUUUUGCGGACCUCAGCAAGUGAGGGGCUGUGUCCACGGCUGCCAGCUCUGCGAAAGGCCGCGAAGGGACCCCGGCUCCGGCCGAGUCAGGUGCAUGGUGCGUGUAGCACAAGCCAUCCUCCUCACACUUGUCCCUCUUGGGCCUAACCAGAUUCAUCAUGCCUCGUGGUAACAAGAGCAAACGCCGUGCUCGUCAGAAACGCCCACAGGCCAGAGGUGAUAAUAAGGGUGGUGAGGAUGCACAGGAAGCGGUGCCAUCCACAGCAGAAGCCACGGCAGCAGAAACAGAAGGGGAGGCAGCAGCAGCUGCGGUAGGAGGAGAAGAACAAGAAGAGGAAAAGGAGCCUUCCUCUUCCUGGAACCCACCUGGUGCUGCUUCCUGUAGCUGUUCCUCCCCACCUCAGUGCAGACCUCCAUGUGCUGAUGAUCUUUCUGGUGCUGAAACUUGUGCCAGUUCUGACAAAGUUUCUGAUUACAAGGGUGAGGAGAACAUUUCUGUGGCCAGGCCCUGCACUGAGUAUUUCGUGGAAGAAUAUCAGUACCAGAUUGAGAUGUUGGAGUGGUUCAUGCUCCAGAAAUUUCAUUUAAAGCAGAUCUUUACCAGGGCAGAGAUGAUCGAGUCACUGAACCCGAGGUUCAGAUAUGAUUUUCCUGAGAUAUUCAAGCGUGCCUGUGAGCACGUUGAGGUGAUCUUCGCAGUUGAAGUGAUAGAAGUGGAGUCCACUCAUCACUCCUACAACCUUUUCAGCAAGCUGACCCUCCCCAACAGUGGGAGGAUUCGCCCUGGCAGGGGCUACCCUAAGACCGGGCUGCUGAUGAAAGUCCUCGCUGUGAUCGUGAUGAAGGACCACCGUGCUCCUGAGGAAGUCAUUUGGACACUCCUGAAAAAGAUGCAAAUGCACCCCAGCAAGAGGCACAUGAUGUUUGGAGAUACCAAGAAGCUCCUCACCCAAGAUUUCGUGAGGCUGAACUACCUGGUGUAUCGCCAAGUGCCUGGCAGUGAUCCUGCGUGUCAUGAGUUCCUGUGGGGCCCCGAAGCUCAUGCCGAGACCAACAAAGAGAAAAUCCUGAAGUUUUUCAAGAAGGUCAAUAAGGUUUGUCCUACCUACUUCACAUCUCUCUAUGAAGAUGCCAAAAAAGAGGAGAUAGAAAGAUUCCAAAGCCUGAUUUCUUCCCAGUCUCGCUCUAUUGCCAAUCCUAGGGCAGUUGCCAGGGCCACAUACCCUGGUGCUCCUCCCAAGCGUUUUGAUGUCGGAGCCUGUUGAUCAUACGGCUAAGCAAAUGGGAUUUACAAUAGGGUGUUUUCUUGCAAAUAAAGAACCCCACAGCAGGGGGUGAUGCA